AGCCCACCGCCUUGCGCCAACCUUGCUUCUCCCCUGCCCGCCGUGAGGCCACGAAUAGCUGCGGCCAGCCCGCACCUGCUCGGACCAAAGAGGGCGACAUUCGAUAGGCAGAGUGCCCCGAGGCACCUGACACUACUGACUUUGGGACCCGGAAGGGACGAGACUGGACUCCGGUGUCACUGGUAAUUGUGGUUGCUUGAAGCUUGUCGCCCCCUGGCCUACCCGGGGGAGGGAGGCAUGUUGUAUUGUCCUAGGUCCUAUAGCACUGCGAGCCAGUCCAGUCGGUGUCUGUAGAACUGGCACCCUUAAUAGUGGGGCGAAAUGGCUUUGACGCUCUUGGAAGACUGGUGCAGGGGAAUGGAUGUGAACUCUCAGAGAGCUCUGCUGGUCUGGGGGAUCCCUGUGAACUGUGAUGAGGCUGAAAUCGAAGAGACCCUCCAAGCUGCCAUGCCCCAAGUGCCCUACCGAGUACUGGGGAGAAUGUUCUGGAGGGAAGAAAAUGCGAAGGCAGCCUUGUUAGAGCUCACCGGGGAAGUGGAUUACUCCCUGAUCCCUAGAGAGAUGCCAGGCAAAGGAGGGCUCUGGAAAGUGUUCUUUAAGCCCCCCACUUCUGAUGCGGAGUUUCUGGAGAGGCUGCACCUCUUUCUAGCUAGGGAAGGGUGGACUGUGCAAGAUGUUGCUCGUGUGCUUGGGUUUCAGAACCCUGCUCCCGCUCCAGGCCCAGAAAUGCCAGCAGAGAUGCUCAAUUAUAUUUUGGAUAAUGUUAUUCAACCUCUUGUUGAGUCCAUAUGGUAUAAGAAGCUGACGCUAUUCUCUGGGAGGGACAUUCCCGGGCCUGGCGAGGAGACCUUUGAUUCCUGGCUGGAGCACUCGAAUGAGGUCAUAGAAGAAUGGCAGGUGUCUGAUAUAGAAAAGAGACGGCGGUUGAUGGAGAGUUUGAGAGGCCCUGCUGCUGAUGUCAUUCGCAUCCUCAAGACCAACAACCCAGCCAUAACCACCGCGGAAUGCCUGAAGGCUCUUGAGCAGGUGUUUGGGAGCGUGGAGAGCUCUAGAGAUACACAGGUCAGAUUUCUGAACACUUACCAGAACCCCGGGGAAAAGUUGUCAUCUUACGUCAUUCGUCUGGAGCCUCUGCUACAAAAGGUAGUGGAAAAGGGGGCCAUUGAUAAAGAUAACGUGAACCAGGCUCGCCUGGAGCAGGUCAUCGCCGGGGCCAACCACAGUGGGGCCAUCCGAAGGCAAUUGUGGCUGACUGGGGCUGCGGAACGACCGGCACCCAACCUCUUCCAGUUGCUGGUGCAGAUUCGAGAGGAGGAAGCCAAGGAGGAGGAAGAGGAAGCUGAGGCAGCCCUUUUGCAGCUAGGCCUGGAGGGGCACUUCUGAGUCCCUGGAUCAGUCUGGCUGCUUUUGUUAUCCCUGUGCGGUUUUACAAGCCUUGCCUCUCAUAGUAAAGACCUAGCCUCCUGUUUUUGUUUUGUUUUCUGGGGGAUGGGAUAGGGGAGUCAGGCCUGCGUAUUUGUGUAGCAGUCACAGAAUUGCGUGAUUGGCCAGGGCUGCAACAGUAGAGGUGGUUCAUACUGCCUAAAAUGAAUGCUUGAUGCAAGCCCUCCUAGUGACAUCUUUGACAGUUGUGAAAAAUGUGAAGCUGAGACACUUCCUGUCAGGAUGAUUGUGAAAGUGCAAGCCUGCUUCACAGGCUGUAUGGUACAGACUGACAUUUGUUACUAAUAUUGUGGAUAGUUUUACUGUACAUUGUCCCUAAUUUAUAUACAUGGGAAGAAUAUGAGUCUGUUAGAUGAUACUGCUCAUUUUGAAAAUUCAGAUUUCUCAUUCCUCACGGCUCAACAUCAGAACCAGUUUACCAGCAAAGUACUCUAGGAUUAAAAUUGGCAAGUUAGAAAAAUGUGAUUUUUAUGAAGAGGCACAACCUACUUUUCAUGGUGUAAGAUACAAAUAUAAGUCAGGGGGAAUUUCCAUAAACAAGCUACAUUUUCCCCACAUGAAUUAUUUGUCAUUUAAUUAUUGGUCAUGUUGAUGCUAAGUGUUCUAAAUUUGAAGUUAUCAAAUAGAUGUAUACAAAUAAAAAUGUGAAAAUUCUCAUCUUGCUUUU